CCUCUUCGAGCGGUUGGCAGCGGCGCCGCGCCGCCAACGGCCACGAGUGGCGGGCGGCGUGGGUCCAGCUCAGGCGCCGCCGCUGGCUGCGGUCCUGACCGUGCGGGUCUAGGGAAGCCCAGCCCACUCUCCGCAGGGGUCAGCCGCCCCGCCCCCUUCUCCCUCCUGCACCCUCCUCCCGGGCUCGGCUCCGAGUGCUCCAAGAGGCGGGGGCGCCCGGGGCACUGGGGGUGGAUUUGGCGUCGCCCCCGCGCUCGGGUCCGCCCCCUAACGCCCCGCCCGGUCCCCGCCCUCCCCACCGCCCUCUGCGGGAGCUGGGUAGCUGCAGCGGGGCCGCGGAGCGGGCGGCGGGGCCGGGGCAGUGAGCUUUGGGAGCGCGGAAUGUGAGGCUCGGUGGCCCGAAGCACUCACGGACGCUCGGACGGGCGAGAGGCGGCGACCCCUCGCGGACGACCGGCCGUUCCGGGCUGCGGACUCGCCCUCUCGCUCGCCCUUGUGCACUCCCCACGCCCUCCAGCGCGCCGGCGGGACCAUGAAGAAGUUCUCUCGAAUGCCCAAGUCGGAGGGCAGCGGAGGAGGAGCGGCGGGCAGCGGAGCCGUCGGGGUCGGGGCCGGCUCUGGCUCUGGGAGCUCGUCCGUGGGGGUCCGGGUGUUCGCGGUCGGCCGCUAUCAGGUCACCCUGGAGGAGUCGCUGGCUGAAGGUGGAUUUUCCACAGUUUUCCUGGUGCGGACUCAUGGUGGAACCCGCCAUGCAUUGAAGCGAAUGUAUGUCAACAACUUGCCAGACCUCAACAUUUGUAAAAGGGAAAUUAAAAUUAUGAAAGAGCUAUCUGGACACAAAAAUAUUGUGGGUUAUCUGGACUGUGCUGUUAAUUCAAUUAGUGAUAAUGUAUGGGAAGUGCUUAUCUUAAUGGAAUAUUGUCGAGCUGGGCAAGUAGUGAAUCAGAUGAAUAAGAAGCUGCAGACAGGUUUUACGGAACCGGAAGUGUUACAGAUAUUCUGCGAUACCUGUGAAGCUGUUGCAAGGUUACAUCAGUGUCAGACUCCAAUAAUUCAUCGGGACCUGAAGGUGGAAAAUAUUUUAUUGAAUGAUGGUGGAAACUAUGUACUUUGUGAUUUUGGCAGUGCCACUAACAAAUUUCUUAAUCCUCAAAAAGAUGGAGUUAAUGUAGUAGAAGAAGAAAUUAAAAAGUAUACAACUCUGUCAUACAGAGCCCCUGAAAUGAUCAACCUUUACGGAGGAAAAACAAUCACCACCAAGGCUGAUAUCUGGGCACUGGGAUGUUUACUGUAUAAACUUUGUUUCUUCACUCUUCCCUUUGGUGAGAGUCAGGUUGCCAUCUGUGAUGGCAGCUUCACCAUCCCAGACAAUUCUCGUUACUCCCAUAACAUACAUUGCUUAAUAAGGUUUAUGCUUGAACCAGAUCCAGACCGUAGACCUGAUAUAUUUCAAGUGUCCUAUUUCGCAUUUAAAUUUGCCAAAAAGGACUGUCCAGUCUCCAAUAUCAAUAAUUCUCCUAUUCCUUCAACUCUUCCUGAACCCAUGACUGCUAGUGAAGCAGCUUCUAGGAAAAGCCAAAUAAAAGCCAGAAUAACAGAUACUAUUGGACCAACAGAAACCUCAAUUGCACCAAGACAAAGACCAAAGGCCAACUCUACUACUGCCACUCCCAGUGUGCUGACCAUUCAAAGUUCAGUAACACCUGUUAAAGUCCCUGUACCUGGUGAAUUUGGUAACCACAGAGCAAAAGGAGCACUGAGACCUGGAAGCGGCCCUGAGAUUUUACUGGGUCAGGGGCUCCCUCAGCAGCCUCCGCAGCAACACAGAGUGCUUCAGCAACUGCAGCAAGGAGAUUGGAGAUUGCAGCAACUGCAUUUACAGCACCGUCAUCCUCACCAGCAGCAACAGCAGCAGCAGCAGCAGGAUGCUUAUAUGCAGCAGUAUCAACAUGCAAUGCAGCAGCAACAGAUGCUUCAACAACAGUUUUUAGUGCAUUCAGUGUAUCAGCCACAGCCUUCCGUACCACAGUAUCCUGCAAUGGUGCAGCAGUAUCAGCAGGCUUUCUUGCAGCAGCACAUGCCAGCUCAACAUCAGCAGCAGUCUCAGCAACAGGCAUCACCUGAGUAUCUUACCUCCCCUCAAGAGUUUGCACCAGCCUUAAUUUCCUAUACUUCACCACUUUCAGCUCAAGUUGGAACCAUAUUGGACUCCUCUUCUAGUGCCAACAGGUCAGUUGCUGAUAAAGAGGCAGUUGCAAAUGUUACAAAUCAGAAGAACAUCAGUAACCCACCUGAUAUGUCAGGGUGGAAUCCUUUUGGAGAGGACAAUUUCUCCAAGUUAACAGAAGAAGAACUGUUGGACAGAGAAUUUGACCUUCUAAGAUCAAACAGGCUCAAGGAGAAAGCAUCCUCAGAUAAGAAUGUAGACCCACUUUCUGCUCCACAUAACCAUCCUCCAGAAGAUCCUUUUGGUUCUGUUCCUUUCAUUUCUCACUCAGGUUCUCCUGAAAAGAAAAUUGAACAUUCAUCCAUGGAUGAAGAAAACAGCUCUACAAUCCCUAUCAAGGAUAGAAAGACAAGUCCAUUAUCUAAAGACCACCGGGCUGGAAAGAAAAACUCAGUGAAUUCAUCACUACAGGGUCAAGUGCAGAAGGGAGAUGAUGAAUCUGAAAGUGAUUUUGAAUCAGAUCCCCCUUCUCCUAAGAGCAGUGAAGAGGAAGAGCAAGAGGAUGAAGAAAUUCUUCAGGGAGAACAGGGAGAUUUCAAUGAUGAUGAUACUGAACCAGAAAAUCUGGGUCAUAGGCCCCUCCUCAUGGACUCUGAAGAUGAGGAAGAGGAGGAGAAACACAGCUCUGAUUCUGAGUAUGAACAGGCCAAAACCAAGUACAGUGAUGGGAGCCCUGCCUACAGAGCCAAAUCUGGCAGUGGGCCAGUCCAGGAUCCUAAUGUAACGCUCAUCAGCCCAACCCAGCUACCCUGUGAUGCUGCAGUGCAGACCCCCAAAGACGAGUUUGAUGUGUUUGGCGCCGUCCCAUUCUUUGCAGUGCGUGCUGAACAGCCCCAACAAAGGGAAAAUGAAAAGAACCUCUCUCAACAGACCUAUUUUCCUAGUGUGGGACUGGAGCAAGAGGAAUUUGAUGUAUUCACAAAGGCACCCUUUAGCAAAAAGGUGAACAUACAAGACGGCCGUGCAGUGGGGCCUGAAGCGCAGACUCUCUCAGGUUGUCCCAAAAGUAUAGAUAUAUUUGGCUCCACUCCAUUUCAGCCCUUUCCCACAUCCACAAGUAAAAGUGACAUCCACGAGGACGUUUUUGGGCUUGUGCCCUUUGAGGAAAUAACUGGGAGUCAGCAGCAAAAGGUUAAACAGCGUAGCUUACAGAAACUGUCUUCGCGCCAAAGGCGCACCAAACAGGAUUUGUCCAAAAGUAACGGGAAGCGGCACCACGGCACGCCGACCGGCACAAAGAAGACCAUGAAGCCCACCUACCGCACUCCAGAGAGGGCCCGCAGGCACAAAAAGGUGGGCCGCCGAGACUCUCAAAGCAGCAAUGAAUUUUUAACCAUCUCAGACUCCAAGGAGAACAUCAGUGUUACGCUGACUGAUGGGAAAGACAGAGGGAAUGUCCUGCCUCCCGAGGAGAGUCUGUUGGACCCCUUUGGGGCCAAGCCCUUCCACCCCCCAGAUCUGCAGUGGCACCCUCCACAUCAGGGCCUCAGUGACCUCCGCGCAGACCAUAAUCCCGUGCUGCCCGGGCGGCAAAGACCCAAUUCACUCCAUGGGUCAUUCCAUAGUGCAGAUGCGUUGAAAAUGGAUGAUUUUGGUGCCGUCCCCUUUACAGAACUUGUGGUGCAAAGCAUUACUUCACCUCAGUCCCAACAGUCCCAGUCAGUUGAAUUAGACCCAUUUGGUGCUGCUCCAUUUCCUUCUAAACAGUAGAUACUUCUGAUGGACUUGGUGUUAACCCUGUUUCAAAAAAGUAUGAAUAGUUUUAUGAAUUUGAAAGAAAAUUGAUUUGUAUAGCCCUUUAUAUAAUUCAUUCUUACAGGUCAAUCAGAAUAGGUGAUUUUUAAAUAAACCAAAUAGAAAAAGGAAGUAUCUCCACAGGGUAGUGACUCGGUGUCUCUUCCACACAGGAAGAGAGGGAGCUGAACUGGAAGCUCUGACCCAGGGUUUCAGCUACGGGCUUGAUGAGAGCACAGACAUCCAGGGAAAGCAUGUGGCUUGUUUCCCAUUUUUUAGCCGUUGAAGAGGGACUGGGAAGCUGAGUUAUUUUUAUACUAGAAUGUCACUUUUAGGUGCAUGCCCUAGGCUCAUUCCAGAAGCCAGCAUUAAAGCUGAGGUUAUCUGUACAAAUACAGUUUGCACUUGUGGGCUUUUUAAAGAUCUCUUCUAACUUCCACACAGUAAAACAACUUUAUUCUCAUAAAGAAUCAGAAAGUUAUAAUCUGGAGAAUGCAGAGAUUUUAGUUCUUAUACCUUUCUCUACAAAGCAGAGCCAGAAGUAAUUAUUGUGCCUGAAACUUUUAUUUUUAAAAACAAGUGCCAUUAAUAUGGAAUAUCUACAUAGAAGCCUAGAACAAAAAGAAAAAAUAACAAUACUUGAGGAAUAUUUAGUAUUCAGCUUUUGAAUAGCUUCUUCCUCAAAACUUACACUAUCAUGUCCCUAACAAAGUAGUUUAUUGAAAAACUGGGAGUGAAGACAAAGGUUAUACAGAACUUUUAUUUCAGGAAAAAAAAAAACAUGUAGCUGAAACCCUGAGUUUUUCAGAUGUUUACAAUGUAAAAUCAUGUUGCAUUUAAUAAUGUACUUUAUUAAAUUACCACCUUCACCAAAUAUAUUCCCGAAGUCACGAGCGACAGUUUUUCAUUUAGGUUUGGAGGGCGGAGUAGUUUUAAUGAAGUGCACAGAGCAGUGAAAGCCACAAGCCUUACAUGCAGGGCUCUCAGCUCCUGCCGCAAGUACCUCGGCACUGGCACUGACGAGCGAGAUCUUAACGAUGGCUGUAAGUGUGAGAUGAUGAGGGACUCGUGUGUUAACUCUGCUGGUUGACUGUGUCUUUAGUGAAAAGAACCCAGCUAUCAAAUUGCCUUUUUUUUUUAUAUCACAAAUCCUAAUUAGAAACUUGAGAUUUUUAUAGAAAUUGUCUAAUGAGAUAGAAAUUAUAUAUAUGAAUGUGAAUUUAGUAUCUGUGCUUCUGUCUUCAAGUAUUUUAAGUUAUAAUACACUUAAAAUAACUGUCCUUCCCUAUAAUUGCCUUUCCCUAUCAAAUUAACAUUUAGAAGUUUCUAGAACUGUUAAAGGUUAUUUACGAAAAGGGUGGAAACUCUUAUCACCUGGCACUCUCCUUGAUUGCUGUAUUUUAAAUUAAUUCUCUUUGAACCCAAUUAAAAUGUGUUUUAUGAGUAAUCAUAUUACUGAUAGAAUCCCUUAAUUAUAGUGUCCCAAUGGGGAUGAGCUAUGUGCUUGUUUUCACAGUUCUGAACUUGGAAAGAAGCAAGGUAUGUGUAACUAUACCAUAUAUUCAUUUUUUUUAUUGCUUCUCUUUUCUGUUUUAAAACAAACAUUUGUGGACAAACAGGGAAGCAAUGUGUGAAUCAGAGCUAGCAGAGGCAGACCAAGCAUGACGUUACUGCGUCCGAGUUACACUCUUAGAGCCUGACUGUACCCACGACUGGUCCUGUGCCAAAGGCAAAUAGUGUUUGCACGUGUUGUCUUUUUUUUUUUUUUU